CUGGAUCCUCCUCCUCCCUCCCGGGAGAUUCCGCACCCCCCCCCGUUUGCGGCGGGCUGGGGGGGGGCGCCUGUCCCCCGCUUGCGGCUGCCCCUUGUCGUGCACUUUUUCAUCCCCCGAUGCCCCCCCAUGCGGACUGAGACUCUCUCCGCGCUCCGCCCCCCGCCCUCGUCUGCGCCUCGGCGGAUCCCGCCGCCCCCGUGAGCUCGGGCCGCCUCCGCGCGGCGCUUCCUCGGGUUGGGUUCGGACUCUUCUUCUGAUGCCCGCCACUGGAAACGAAUAAUAACCUCUCGCCACCACCACAACACCACCACCAAUAAUAAUAAUAAUAAAAGCUGGUUCUGGGAUCGCUCUGCUGCGUUUCUCCUUCUCCGGGCUGGAUAACACUGAAGCUUCUUCUCCUUGGAUGGUGUUUUCCUGUUGAUCUAUCGCUUCAUUUUUUUUUUUUUUUUCCGUCUGGCAUUUUUUUGUUUGUUUUUUGUGGGGCGAACCAAAAUUUGAUUUUUUUGUUUGUUUGUUUUUUGGAGGGGCCUGCUUGAGAGAGACUUCAUAUUUAGCUGCGUGAAAUUACGGGUACACUUGUUUUUUGUUUUCCUUAAGAAAAGCAUUAAGAAAGGAGCACAUCAGAGGGACCCUCUACACGCUAGGCAAAAUAGUCACUUGUUCCUUACAGCAGGACUGAGUGGAAAGCUGCCAAAGAGCCCCAGGAGAAGAAGGAAAGGGAGAAAGAACAAGAAACACAAGAAGAGGAACGUUUGAUGGAAGAAAAGAAAAAGAAAAAGCAGGAAGAAAAGAAAAAGAAGGAAGGUGCUCAGAAAAAGGCUGCUGAACAAAAAACCAAAGGCUGGAGACAUCAACAAAAGAGGUCACUUUGUGGUCCUAGUCCUGGUCCUGGUCCUUCAGUGCCAGAAUCUAUUAAGACCAGUUUAAGCCAGCCCCAACCUGCCGGUACCGGUACCAGUACUUCCACCAGCACUAUUACCAACAGCAGCAAUGGCAAGCGUGCAUCUGCUAAUGGGCAGCAGCCAGCUGCAUCCCGUUACCUGCCUCGUGAGGUGCCUCCACGCUUCCGCCAGCAAGAACAGAAGCAGCUCUUAAAGAGAGGUCAGCCACUGCCUACUGGGACCCUGACCAGCGCAAGCCCAGUACAAGGUACUGGACAAGCAGGGGCAAGUCCUCCUCCUCAGCAAGGAGCAGGUGGACAGCAUCAUCCCAGUAAGACCCAAUCAGAUCUCAGUCACAGUGGAUUGGGAGACCAUUAUGAAAAUUCCCACUGGGGACAGCAGCCCACUUUCAGAAGUGAAGGCACCUGCAGUUGGGAUAAAGUGAUAAUAGACAGGACUGACAAGGAGGCGUGGCCUUCCAUUACAGGAACUGAGACUGAAUCUGCCUCAGAAUGUACUACAGACACUGACUCUGCCUCCAACUGUGGCUCAGAGAACAGUAGCAUGGCUACAGGGAGUGCCCAAGGCAACUUCACUGGACAUACAAAGAAAACUAAUGGCAAUAACGGCGCCAAUGGAGCACUCAUCCAAAGCACUUCUAACCAGAGUGCCCUUGGAGCUGGUGGAGCAAAUGGUAAUGGAAACUCAGCCAGAGUAUGGGGUGUGGCCACAGGCUCCAACUCUAGCCUAGCUCACUGCUCUGCCAGUGGUGGGGAUGGAAAGAUGGACAACAUGAUUGGAGAUGGUAGAAGUCCAAACUGCUGGGGUGCUUCCAACUCAAAUGCUGGCAUUAAUCUUAACCUUAACCCUAAUGCCAAUCCAGCUGCCUGGCCUGUACUCGGACACGAAGGAACUGUGGGAGCAGGCAACCCUUCCAGUAUUUGCAGUCCAGUCAGUGCCAUAGGUCAGAACCUGGGCAGCCAGAAUGGGAACCCAACAGGCACCUUAGGUGCUUGGGGAAAUUUGCUGCCGCAAGAGAGCACAGAACCACAAACGUCCACUUCUCAGAAUGUGUCUUUCAGCGUACAACCUCAGAACCUUAACACUGAUGGACCAAAUAACACUAACCCCAUGAACUCUUCACCAAACCCUAUCAAUGCAAUGCAGACAAAUGGACUGCCGAACUGGGGGAUGGCUGUUGGUAUGGGGGCCAUCAUCCCGCCCCACCUGCAAGGCCUUCCUGGUGCUAAUGGAACAUCAGUUUCUCAAGUCAGUGGGGGCAAUGGUGAAGGAAUGGGCAGUUCAGUGUGGGGGAUAUCCCCAGGUAAUCCUGCCACAGGAAACAGCAAUUCUGGGUUCAGUCAGGGGAAUGGAGACACUGUGAACUCAGCAUUAAGUGCUAAACAAAAUGGAUCCAGCAGCGCUGUGCAAAAGGAGGGAAAUGGAGCAAGUGCAUGGGAUUCAGGACCUCCAGCAGGUCCUGGGGUACUAGCAUGGGGCAGGGGCAGUGGCAACAGUGGUGUUGGUAGUAUGCAUUCUGGAGCUUGGGGCCACCCCAACCGUAACACCAGUAAUGGUGUUAAUGGUGAAUGGGGCAAGCCCCCAAACCAGCAUUCCAAUAGUGACAUCAGUGGGAAAGGAUCAACAGGGUGGGAUAGCCCUAGUGUUACCAGCCAGAAUCCUGCCAUGCAGCAGGGCAAUGAACAAAUGAACUCUUGGGCCAAAGCUGCAGCAUCUGGCACCACAGCUAGUGAAGGAAGUAAUGAUAGUGGUGGAUGUCAAAAUGAAGGCAGUACUGGGAGAGAAGGAGCUGGAGAGGGCCGAAGGAGAGACAAAGGGAUGAUAGACCAAGGGCAAGUCCAGUUGCCAAGGAAUGACCUUGACCCAAGGGUCCUGUCCAAUACUGGGUGGGGACAGACUCCGGUAAAGCAAAACACUGCCUGGGAAUUUGAAGAAUCCCCAAGGUCUGAACGAAAGAAUGACAAUGGGACGGAGGCCUGGGGUUGUGCAGCUACUCAGUCUUCAAACUCAGGGGGGAAGAACGAUGGGUCCAUCAUGAACAGUACAAAUACCUCUUCAGUAUCUGGGUGGGUCAGCUCUCCACCUGCAGCUGUUCCAACAAAUACAGGUUGGGGAGACAACAACAACAAAGCGCCAAAUGGCCCAGGGGGAUGGGGAGAAUCAGCAAGCUCUACUGCUGUCAAUAAUGCUGCUGCUGCCAAAAGCGGCCACGCUUGGAGUGGGACCGCAAAUCAGGAGGACAAAUCACCUACCUGGGGUGAACCUCAGAAACCCAAGUCUCAAAAUUGGGGAGAUGGACAGAAAUCAAAUCCAAGCUGGACUUCAGGAGGUGGAGAUUGGGCAGAUUCAUCAUCUGUCCCUGGACACAUGGGUGAUGGGAAAAAGAAUGGAUCGGGAUGGGAUGCUGACAAUAGAUCAGGGUCUGGUUGGAAUGAUACUACAAGGUCUGGGACCAGUGGAUGGGGAAAUGGCACAAACACCAAGGCUAAUACAGGUACAAGUUGGGGGGAAUCAUUAAAACCUAGCCCCCAGCAAAACUGGGCUAAUAAACCCCAGGAUAACAAUGUGAGUUCCUGGGGAGGAGCUGCUUCUGUUAAACAGACUGGGUCAGGAUGGGUUGGUGGGCCAGUGCCAGCCAAACAAAAAGAUAACAGUGAGGCAACUGGCUGGGAAGAGCCUUCGCCACCAUCCAUUCGCCGCAAGAUGGAAAUUGAUGAUGGUACCUCAGCUUGGGGCGACCCUAACUACAACAACAACAAGACUGUAAACAUGUGGGAUAGAAACAACCCUAUAAUUCAGAGCAGUACCACCACCACUACCACCACCACUACCACCAUUAUCAACACCAAUAUGGCUGAACCUCAGCCGCUGCACCAGUCAAGUGCCCAGCCCAACCGGUCCCCACUGCUUGGUCCAGCAGGCUGGGGAGAGAUGCCUGCUGUCCACACAAAGACUGACGCUUCUUGGGGAGAGCCCUCAUCCCCUUCUGCUGCAGUUGAUAAUGGCACUUCAGCAUGGGGGAAACCCCCCAGCAGUGGUGCAGGGUGGGGAGAUAAUUCUGCCGAGUCGGCAGGGACAUAUGGAAGAACAAGUGCUCCAGCUGCUGCCCCAGCACUGUGCAAACCAGCUUCAAAAUCUAUGCAAGAAGGCUGGGGCAGUGGUGGGGAUGAAGUGAAUCUCAGUACUAGUCAGUGGGAAGAUGAAGAAGGAGAUAUGUGGAAUAAUACUGCUUCACAAGAGAGCAAUUCCUCCUGUAAUUCCUGGGGGAAUGCCCCGAAGAAAGGACUUCCAAAGGGCAUGAAGACAUCUAGCAAGCAAGAUGAGGCCUGGAUAAUGAACCGUCUGAUAAAACAGCUCACAGACAUGGGCUUCCCAAGAGAACCAGCAGAAGAGGCCUUGAAAAGCAACAAUAUGAAUCUUGAUCAGGCCAUGAGUGCUCUGCUGGAAAAGAAGGUGGAAAUGGACAAGCGUGGAAUGGGAGUGACCGAUUAUAAUGGAAUGGUCACCAAACCCCUUGGCUGCCGCCCACCACCAAUCUCCAAAGAGUCUUCCAUGGACCGCCCCACUUUCCUUGACAAGGAUGGCGGCCUAGUGGAAGAGCCCACUACUUCACCAUUUUUGCCUUCACCAAGCCUGAAGCUCCCCCUUUCAAACAGUGCACUCCCUAAUCAGGCCCUGGGCGGGAUUGCCUCAGGGCUGGGCAUGCAAAACUUGAAUUCUUCUAGACAGAUACCAAGUGGCAAUCUGGGUAUGUUUGGCAAUAGCGGAGCAGCACAAGCCAGGACCAUGCAACAGCCGCAGCAACCGCCAGUGCAACCUCUUAACUCAUCCCAGCCUAGUCUUCGUGCUCAAGUGCCUCAGUUUCUAUCCCCUCAGGUUCAAGCACAGCUUUUGCAGUUUGCAGCAAAAAACAUUGGUCUCAACCCUGCACUAUUAACCUCGCCAAUUAAUCCUCAGCAUAUGACGAUGUUGAACCAGCUCUAUCAGCUGCAGCUGGCGUACCAACGUUUACAAAUCCAGCAGCAGAUGUUACAGGCUCAGCGUAAUGUUUCCGGACCCAUGAGACAACAGGAGCAGCAAGUUGCACGUACAAUCAAUAACAUGCAGCAGCAGAUCCAGCAGCACCAGCGCCAGCUGGCCCAGGCACUGCUCAUGAAGCAGCAGCCUCCCACUCCACAUCUAUCUUUGCACCCCUCUGCAGGCAAAUCAGCCAUGGAUAGCUUUUCACCCCAUUCCCAGGCUCCCAGCCUCCCUGACCUGCAGACCAAAGAGCAGCAGUCUUCACCGAACACCUUUGCUCCUUACCCUCUUGCUGGACUGAACCCGAACAUGAAUGUAAACAGCAUGGACAUUACUGGUGGUUUGUCAGUGAAGGAUACUUCUCAGUCCCAGUCUCGCCUUCCACAGUGGACUCACCCUAACUCGAUGGAUAAUCUGUCUAGUGCUGCUUCUUCACUUGACCAGAACUCUAGCAAGCAUGGUGCUAUCCCUGGAGGUCUAAGUAUUGGUCCCCCGGGAAAGUCCUCCAUUGAUGACUCUUAUGGCCGGUACGAUCUGAUCCAAAACAGCGAGUCACCAGCCAGUCCACCUGUAGCCCUUCCUCACAGUUGGUCACGUGCCAAAACUGAUAGCGAUAAAAUCUCCAAUGGCUCAAGCAUUAAUUGGCCACCAGAAUUUCAUCCAGGGGUGCCAUGGAAAGGACUGCAGAAUAUUGACCCCGAAAAUGAUCCUGAUGUCACUCCUGGAAGUGUUCCCACUGGGCCUACCAUUAAUACCACCAUACAAGAUGUUAAUCGCUAUCUUCUCAAGAGUGGAGGGUCAUCCCCAACAUCAUCUCAGAAUGCCACGCUGCCUUCAUCGAGUGCCUGGCCGCUUAGUGCCUCCGGCUACAGUAGCUCUUUCAGCAGCAUUGCAUCUGCACCUAGCAUUGCAGGUAAAUUGUCAGACAUCAAGUCUACAUGGUCGUCUGGCCCAAUCUCUCACACACAGGCCUCUCUAUCCCAUGAACUUUGGAAGGUACCCAGAAACACUACUGCUCCUACAAGACCACCUCCAGGCUUAACAAACACCAAGCCAUCAUCUACCUGGGGUGCCAGCCCACUGGGUUGGACCAGCUCUUACUCCUCUGGUUCUGCAUGGAGUACUGACAACUCAGGAAGAACAAGCAGCUGGCUGGUUCUCCGAAACCUCACACCCCAAAUUGAUGGUUCUACACUGCGGACACUGUGUUUGCAACAUGGCCCUCUAAUUACAUUCCACCUGAACCUGACUCAAGGGAACGCUGUGGUCCGAUACAGUUCCAAGGAAGAAGCAGCCAAGGCCCAGAAGUCUCUGCAUAUGUGUGUUUUAGGAAACACUACCAUCUUGGCUGAGUUUGCUGGUGAAGAAGAAGUAAACCGUUUCUUAGCACAAGGCCAGCCACUGCCACCCACCUCCAGUUGGCAGUCCAACACUGGAACCAAUCAGACUCGCUUGGGCUCUACAAGCAGCUCUCAUGGAUUGGUGCGGAAUGAUGCAGGCCACUGGAAUACUCCUUGCCUGAGUAGCAAAGGGAGCAGCGAUCUGCUUUGGGGUGGGGUCCCUCAGUACUCAAGCAGCCUUUGGGGGCCCCCAAGCACCGACGAUGGCAGGGUUAUUGGAAGCCCAACACCUUUGAAUACCCUGCUCCCAGGUGAUCUUCUCAGCGGGGAGUCUAUCUAGGAAACAAAAGAAACAAAAUGGAAAAAACAAUCAUCAGCACUAAAAGAAAAAAUUGUAACCCUUUCCAGUCCAGGGCUUCACGAAGAAUCCAGCUUUAACAGAUCAGACUGGCAGCCCUUUUUAGUACCUCUGUCCAAUAUCAAAUAUGAAACUGCAGAAGUCCUUGUGAACUGUUAAUGAAACAGUAUGGGCUACAUUUGGUCAGUGUCACAUGCUAAUGACAGGUUUUAUUUUUUCAUGGCUUUUUAUUUUAUGUUGUCUUUUUAUGUUUGUAUGGUGUUUUUAAACAAAGUAUAAAAGCUGCUUAGAAUAGGUCUAUCAUGAAGGGCACUUUUCAGAAAUUUGGGCUGGAAAGGGUUAUGUUAUCAACUUUGAGGGGAGGGGGGAAAUGAAAGCCUAUUUAAAAUGAGCCUGUGACUAUUAUGCACAUUACCAGAGGCGGACCCAGUAAUCAGAAGGGGGAGGAGUGUGAUAUUUAUCAUUGGUACAGAAAAGUAAUGAAUCUGAAUGGUAACUAUUGACUGUACAGAUUGAAUUGGGGGGGUGGGGGGUGGGGAAUCUCUGUGUCCACUACUCCCAUGGAUCUGCCUAUGCACAUUACCCUUGUUUCAUUACUUUGUCAUGUAAUUUUUUUUUAAUCCCAAAAAUAUAAAAAGUU